CCAGCUGAGCAUCAAAAUCCAAGUACAAACCACCGGCAAAGCCAAGCUGCCGUUUUGUGCGCUCCUGUCGAGCUGAGCUGCAGAGGUAGAACGGGGCUCAUGUCUGAGCAAUCCGUGAAACUCAACAUGCUAAUUCUGCUGGCGUUUCUGCUGCUGUCUUAUGGAGCUGGCAAUGUCCGUUGCUCAACUGUUCAUGCGAACAUCACAGACAUUCUCUCGUUGCUCCAAUUCAAAAGGUCCACCCACGAUCCAACAGGCCACCUGUUUGACGCAUUGUUCAGGACGAGGGAAACAGGGCCAGGGGCCCUGAGGACCGCAUCGGCGCCCUCCCCGACGAGCUUCUCCAGCACCUCAUGUCGUUCCUGCCUUCGCGUGACGCCGUGCGGACGUGUGUGCUUGCUCGGCGCUGGGGCACGCUCUGGAAGUCCGUGCCCGCUCUGCGUAUCAGUGACCCUGAGAGCUACGACGCCGCCACUGGCGGCAGCACCUUUGUCGAAACACCUGCUUCACCUCCGUGACCCAGCAGCGCCUCUGGAAAUAUGUGACAUCUCUUCUGAUUGUGCGGAGGAUGCUCGAAACAGCGAUUGGGCCGAAGAGGCAUUCGACCUCAUGGAACCGUUCCUCCAGUAUGCUAUAUCAUGUAAAGUUCAGGUUCUUGGGGUCUCUUUUCCCUUGUGGGCAAACAACAUGGCUAGCUCUCAUCUCCUCGCAAUUGAAGAGGUUAUAUUAGAGCUCGAAAACAUGGCAUUUGUUGGGAGCUCUCUGGAUUUUUCAACUUGUCAGGUGCUUGAGGUGCUAGAUUUUUCAACAUGGCUAGCUCUCAUCUCCUCGCAAUUGAAGAGGUUAUAUUAGACCUUGAAAAUAAGCUUCUUUAACCCUCUUCACUUUUUCUAGGUUAUUUUCAGGAGAGAUCUGAAACGGUGCCCUAUGUUUAGCAAGCUAAAAACACUCUGCCUUGAUCAGUGGUGCGUGUCUGGUGACUUUAUUGGACUGGUUUACUUUCUCCGGCACUCACCAGCUCUUGAGACGCUUAGAAUAAGAGUAGAUGUUGACUAUCUAAUUAAGGAGGUAUGGAGGAAUGGGCUAGUUGGCUGUAAGCUGUUCCUAUUUUGUAUGCUUGACGCCCGGAUGGAGCCGAUGAUGGAUCAACUGGGAGUGAAGCGGACACCAUUUUGUACGAGUAAAUCCUUGAAUUCCUCCCUAUAUUUGUUGGUCCAGGAGGGGGUUAAUUAGUACUUGUGGUACAUGUAUGUAUGUCGGGUGAAACCAUCAUGCAGUAGGAAUCAGGCAAGCUUAUGAGUGUUCAUUAUGCAGUAGCAGUCAUGCAAGCUACUUUUUGUUCAUCGUCGCACUGGAUUAUGUAUCGGUUUCUGGGUGCUUUUGA